AGUAAAAUAGAGAUAUUUCUUAUAAACCACUCUCUCUCGCUUUCUCUCUCUCUCUCUCAGCCAUGGCUGCUGCAAGUCUCUCUGCAGCUCCAGAUUUCCAUCUUACAAUUACUCAUCAUUCAGAUAAAAAGAAACCCAUUUUAUUCACUUCAUCUUCACCGAUCACAAUCACGCAUAACAAUAAUCCUUAUAGAAGAAGACUGACCAUUUCCUGUAACUCUCGGAAAACUUCUAAACAUCUGAGUGAAUCACCCAACCCAAAGAAUCCAUCUCUGUCUGACCAACUCAAGCCUCUCUCCUCAACUACACUCUCCACUACUACUACUACUACUACAACUAAACACAGCCUCUUAUCUAAACCAAACUCCACUUGGGUUAAUCCCACUAAACCGAAAAGGUCUGUGCUUUCACUUCAAAGGCAAAAGAGAUCUCCUUACUCUCUCAAUCCCAAGGUUAAAGAGUUAAGACUCUUUGCUCAGAAGCUAAAUGACUGUGACUCUACGGAAAGUUCUUUUCUUUCUCUUCUUGAACAAAUUCCUUAUCCACUCACUCGAGAAAAUGCUCUCCUGAUACUUAAUUCAUUGAGACCAUGGCAAAAGGCUCAUCUCUUCUUCAAUUGGAUCAAAACCCAGAAUUCUUUCCCUGUGGAAACUAUAUUCUACAACGUUACUAUGAAGUCUUUGAGGUUUGGCAGGCAAUUUGAGCUCAUUGACAAGCUUGCAAAUGAGAUGGUAAGCAAUGAAAUUGAGCUAGAUAACAUAACUUAUUCCACUAUAAUAACUUGUGCUAAAAGGUGCAAUAGGUUUGAUAUGGCUUUGGAGUGGUUUGAGAGAAUGUAUAAAACUGGUUUAAUGCCUGAUGAGGUAACCUAUUCUGCUAUCUUAGAUGUUUAUGCUAAACUGGGCAGAGUUGAGGAAGUGUUAAGCUUGUAUGAGAGAGGGGUAGCCAGCGGGUGGAAACCUGAUCCUAUCACAUUUUCUGUUUUGGCUAAGAUGUUUGGUGAAGCUGGUGACUAUGAUGGUAUUAGGUACGUUUUACAAGAAAUGAAAUCUUUAGCUGUACAGCCUAAUGUGGUUGUGUACAAUACAUUGCUAGAGGCAAUGGGCAAGGCAGGGAAACCUGGAUUGGCUAGGAGUUUGUUUGACGAAAUGGUAGAAUCAGGGCUGACACCAAACGAGAAAACAUUAACUGCGGUCGCCAAGAUUUAUGGCAAGGCUAGGUGGGCUAAGGAUGCAAUGGAAUUAUGGGAACGAAUGAGGUCAAAUGACUGGCCUAUGGAUUUCAUUUUGUACAAUACAUUGCUGAGCAUGUGUGCAGAUCUCGGUAUGGAGAAGGAGGCUGAGACAUUGUUUGAGGAUAUGAAGAGAUCUGAGCACUGUAGGCCAGAUAGUUGGAGCUACACGGCAAUGCUGAAUAUAUAUGGCAGUGGAGGGAAUGCUGAUAAGGCAAUGAAGCUGUUUGAACAGAUGUCUGAAUUAGGAGUUGAACUUAACGUGAUGGGAUGCACUUGUUUGAUUCAGUGCUUAGGGAAAGCAAAUAGAGUUGAUGAUUUGGUUAGGGUUUUUAAUUUUUCAAUGGAGAGAGGGGUCAAUCCGGAUGAUAGGCUUUGUGGUUGUUUGCUAUCUGUUGUGUCACUUUGUGAGGAGAGUGAAGAUGUGGACAAGGUACUUGCUUGUUUGCAAGUAGCUAAUCCAAAGUUGGUUGCACUUGUGAAGUUGAUUGCAGAAGAAGAAAGUAGCUUUGAGACUGUAAAGGAGGAGUUUAAAGCUAUUGUCAGUGACACUGCAGUUGAGGCACGAAGACCCUUUUGUAACUGCUUAAUUGAUGUGUGUCGUAAUAGGAAUCUUCAUGGGAGAGCACAUGAGCUGCUCUAUCUGGGAACCCUUUAUGGAUUAUAUCCAGAUCUACACAACAAAACUGAAGAUGAGUGGAGUUUGGAUGUUCGCUCGCUAUCUGUUGGCGCAGCCCAUACUGCACUUGAAGAGUGGAUGGGCACUUUAGUGAAAUUUGUUCAGCGCAAUGAGGCAUUGCCAGAAAUAUUUUCAGCUCACACUGGUACAGGAACGCACAAAUUCUCUCAAGGACUGGCCAAUGCCUUUGCUUCCCAUGUGGAAAAACUUGCUGCACCAUUCAGGCAGAGUGAAGAAAAAGCUGGUUGUUUUGUGGCAACACGGGAGGAUUUAGUUACCUGGGCACAAUCAAGGAGUCCAUCUCUGAUUACAUCAUAAAAGCUGGAGCGAGCUGUAAUGACAGGUGGUUAAGAUUUUGAACCUUGUAGUUAUAGUUUUGUAACAUGAACUGCGUACAAGUUGCAAAUAUUAUGGUUGUGAUUUCUUUUUAA